AUGGCUGCUCCCUUGGAGUUGUACUGUUGGAAAGGCGACUGGGGAUUACCGUCAGUAGAUAUCGAUUGUUUAACUGUACUGGCUUAUGCCAAAUUUGCCGGCGCUCCCCUUAAAGUUCACAAGAUCGCCAAUCCCUGGAGAAGCCCUACAGGUACUUUGCCUGCACUGAAGACCAGAGAAGAAGGCAGUCUGUCUCAGCCUAGUAAAAUCAUCAUUCACCUCAGGAAACAGAAAUACAAUGCAGACUAUGACCUGUCGGCCAAGGAGGGGGCGGACACCCUGGCCUUUGUUUCUUUGCUGGAGGAAAAAUUGCUGCCUGCUCUGAUCUACACACUUUGGGUGGACUCUAAAAACUACGUGGAUGUGACUCGUUGCUGGUAUGCUGAAAACAUCCCCUUCCCCCUCAACUUCCUGCUGCCCAACCGUAUGCAUGGUCAGCAGCUGGAGAAACUCAGGCUAGUGAGGGGAGAUCCAACCCUGGAGCCCGGAGAAGAGAUAGAAAAGGAGCUGUACCGAGAUGCUUUGGAAUGCCUGACCCUUCUCUCUCAGAGACUGGGCUCUCACAAAUUCUUCUUUGGUGACUCUCCGUCUUCUUUGGAUGCCUAUGUGUUUGGUCACCUGGCUCCACUCCUGAAGAUAAAACUACCCUCUGGAAAGCUUCAGCAGCACUUAAACUCUCUGGACAACCUCAGGCAAUUCUGCACCAACAUCCUGGUUCUCUAUUUCCCGUCAGAGGGACGAGAUAUCCCAAACCGUAAGAUGUCUGUCCAUACUGACGGCAGUGACUUUGACAAUGAGCCACACAAGAGACGGAAUCAGAUCCUGUCAGCUCUGUUUGCCAUGGGCGCUAUGUUGGGUUACGCCAUAUUGACGGGCAUUGUGACCAUUAAACGCACCCAUCCUCAAGAGGCGCUAGUAAGUGCUGGCCACGACGAUGGUGGCGAGGAUGACGAGGACUAAUCGUUGGUGACCAUGGCAACGGCAGCAGGAAAGGGAAGAAGAUAUCACCAAAAGACACACAGUCUACCCUCAUACAUGUCUGAUGUUCAAAGACAAGAGGAUCAUUGUAUAUUAUAUUACCUCGAUUUGUAUUUAAUCUGCCACAAUGUACGGUCAUUCUCACUGAGAAUUGUUCAUUAUUCUG